GCUAUGUGGCAUCAUGAGGCACCAGAGAAGAAAGAAAAAGUAAGUCUGCUCAACCGCCCACUGCAGGAGACGGGGGGGAUGUUUCACUAUCUUGGAUUUACAACCAUUUUGAAAUAUAUUUGAGGUCAAAGAAGACUUUUUCUUGCCCCCCAUGUGGAGCCCCUGAACGCUGUUGGAGAGGGCCAUCAUCCGGAAAUCCUGACGGGCUAUUGAUUGUUUGGCCCACAUGAUUCAGCGCCUGAAUUUCCUGAGCGGUUAAGGACUCAAGGAACAAACGAUGGAUCAAAACUUGUUUGGAGGGGCCCCCAGGUUUCUCACUCGCCCAAAGGCAUUUUCAGUGUGUGUGGGCAAGGAUGCCACACUCAGCUGCACAAUUGUGGGCAGCCCAACUCCACUGAUAACCUGGGAAAAAGACAAGCUGAAGCUGACGUCCGGAGGCCGCUUCAAGACUGUGGAAGAUGGAGACGUUUAUCGCCUGACCAUCUAUGACUUAACUCUGGAGGACAGUGGACAGUACAUGUGCAGAGCUAAGAACAGCGUCGGUGAAGCUUACGCCGCUGUAACCCUCAAAGUGGGGCUGCCGACAGAGAUGUCUCAGAAGGCCCCUGUUUUCAUGGUGAAGCCUGCCUCUGCACGUGUUGUUUUGGGCGGUGAUGUUGUUUUCCACGGCCGAGUUGCAGCUUACCCUGAGGCCAACUUUGAAUGGGAAAAGGAUGGGCGCUACCUGGGGGAGACCAACCGCAUCAAGAUCAUUUCUGAGAGCGAUGGCAGCACUUUAAAGAUCCAGUGCGUACGAAACCUGGACAGCGGCACUUACACCUGCAGGGCCCAGAACACUGUCGGCCGCGCGCAAGCUGCGGCUGCCCUCGUUGUAGAUGCUCAGGAUUCCCACCGCCAAGCUGUCGAUAAGAGCAGCUCCCUUCUCUCUCACCUACAGAAGCGCAAAGAGGAGAUCUCCAUCUACCGCAAUGAAGAAAGCAGCGCCUCCAUUUCUUCCUCCUCCACGGCCAAAAUCACGGAUGCUUUCAGUUCUCUGGGCCUGGAACAUGAGCUGCGAGCAUCUGCCCUUGCGAAGCUUCCCAAAGGUGUAUUCACUCGUACCUGCACUGUGACUGAGGGGAAACAUGCCAAACUCAGCUGCUUUGUGACCGGUCACCCCAAACCCCACAUUAUCUGGAGGAAGGAUGGAACGAACAUCAGCGAGGGCCGCAGACAUGUCAUUUAUGAGGACCAAGCUGAGAACUUCAUCCUGAAAAUCCUGUACUGCAAGCAGACCGAUAAUGGCCUCUACACCUGCAAUGCAACCAAUAUGGCUGGGCAGACCUACAGCGCUGUGUUAGUAACAGUCAAAGAACCCAAGGUGCCAUUCAGGAGAAAGCUGCAGGAUGUGGAGGUGCAGGAAAAAACCUCAGCCACACUCAUGUGUGAGGUGCCUCUUAGUUCCACCUAUACCAACUGGUUCAUGGAGGAAACGCGACUGCAGCAAAAUGCUAAAUAUCGCAUGGAGCAGGACGGCACCCUCCGUCGCCUCACCAUACACAACGUUACCACCAACGACGAUGGAGUGUAUAUAUGUGAGAUGAAAGAGGGCAGUCGCACUGUGGCUGAGCUCACAGUCCUGGGUAACAUAACUAAGAAGCUUCCUCGGAGGACAGUAGUUCCUGUUAGCGACACUGUCAUCUUCUGCGUGGAGCUGGAACAUCCCUAUCCAGACGCCUACUGGACUCGCAAUGGCGAGAAGUUAAAAGAGGAUUCACGUAUUUCCAUCGGCUGCGUGCUUAGACAGUACACACUCACAAUUAGAGAUUGCCAGGCAGAGGACUCUGGAGAAGUGGCGUUUGUGGCUGGAGACUGCAAGACAUCCACCCGAUUCUCAGUUUCUGCUGCCCGGAAGCAUCCUCCCGAUCCCCCAGUUGACGCUGUGGUGCAGAACAAAACAGAGUCCUCCAUCACCAUUCAGUGGUCUCCUCCUGACAGUGACCGCCCUGUCCCCAUCAAAGGCUACGUUGUAGAGCGAAGGAAGGUUGGUACCCAAAUGUGGCAGAGGUGCAAUGCUGAAGAAACCAUUGUCGCAACAGAGUUUACAAUCUGCAACUUCACUGAAGAAGCUAGCUACCAGUUCCGUAUCUCUGCCAUUAAUGACUUUGGGCAGAGUGCCUACCUGGAGGUACCUGGAACCUUCUACCUUGAACCCACUGCAGAAAUCAGAAAAGGUCUGAUUAACAGCACUGGAGUCUCCGGUGAGGAAUUCUCCAUCUCUGUUGAGCUGUCUGCUGUUUGCUCAGGCUUCUGGUCCCUAAACGGACGCCUUUUGCGCAGUGGAGCCGACUACCUCAUCACCAGGUCAAAAAACAUACACACAUUGCUCAUCCGAGUUGUGACCAUGGAAAUGAACGGAACGGAAGUUAAGUUUGUGGGUGGAGGCUCACAAAGCAGUUGCAUCCUCAAUGUGAAAGCCCCUUCUGUUAGGUUCACCAACAAAUCCGAUCAUCUAGAGGUGGUGACCUGCAGUGCCCAAGCCACUGCUCAGCUGACUGUUGAGGUGUCAGAUUAUGACGCACAGGUGGUUUGGACGAAGAACGGACGGGAGCUAAAAAUGGGCAAAAAGUAUGAAUAUGUGAUUAAUGACCGCAAGAGGAUCCUGAUGAUACACAACGUCACUGAGGAAGAUGUGGGCAUUUAUGAUUGUGUGUUACCUGAUGACAAGACGUCCAUGCAACUCACUCUUAAAGAUGAACCUGCCAAAUUUCUAAACAAAGCCAGAGGUACCAUGGGAAUGUCAUCGACUCUCAAAGGAGAUCUUGAGCUGAGCUGUGAGGUUUCAUCUGCUAGUGCUGCUGUUGUGUGGAGAAAAGAUCAAAUGGAGAUCACUGAGGACCAAAGAACUACCAUCAUCUCCAAAGGGACUCAAAGGAAACUCAUUAUCAAGAGUGCCAAGAAGAUUGAUGAAGGACAUUAUUCGUGUGAGACAGCAGCUGACAAAAUCACAUUCCAGGUUAAGAUAAAAGAAACUCCAGCUGUAGCUGCCUUCUCCAACAAAGAGUCAGUCCAAAAGGAAGUGAAGGCCACUCUCUCCCAAAAAGCAACUCUUACUUGUAAUGUGUCAGAUAGCAAGACAGAGGUGAAAUGGUACAAAGAUGGCAAGCUGUUGAUAUCCAGUAGGACCAUAUACUCAGAAGCAAAAGGCAACACUCGCCAGCUGGUGAUUGAAAAGGCGGAGAAGAGUGAUGCUGGAGAGUAUACCUGUGAAGCUGGAGGGGACAAACUAGUCUUCAAGAUAUUUGUCACAGAUUCCCAGUCAGCUUUCGUCAACAAGGAGUCUAUUCAGAAGGAGGUUAAAGCCACGCUUUCCCAGAAAGCCACGCUGAGCUGUGAGGUGGUCGAUACCAAGACAGAGGUGAAGUGGUACAAGGAUGGCAAGCUGCUGACUUCCACCAAGACAAUCCAUACUGAGUCAAAGGGCAAGAAUCGCCAGCUUGUGAUCGACAGUGUGGAAAAGAAGGAUGCUGGAGAGUACAUCUGUGAGGCUGGGACUGAAAAGCUUGCCUUCAAACUACAGGUGGCAGACACACAGGUCCAGUCAGCUUUCUCUAAUAAGGAGUCAAUCCAAAAGGAGGUAAAAUUGAACUGUUGUUUUUGUACAGAGAUCCAAGUGAAGUCUGCCUUCUCCAGCAAAGAGUCUAUCCAAAAGGAGGUGAAAGCUACUCUCUCUCAGAAAGCCACUCUCACCUGUGAGGUAUCUGAUAUCAAUACAGAGGUAAAAUGGUACAAGGAUGGCAAGCUUCUGACCACCAGCAAGACAGUUCAUGUAGAGUCAAAAGGCAGGAGUCGGCAGCUGGUGAUCAACAGUGUGGAUAAGAAGGAUGCUGGGGAGUACAUCUGUGAGGCUGGGUCUGAGAAGCUGCCCUUUAAGAUACAGGUGUUAGUAAGUUGA